GGAGGUAAUCUCUUGGUUCCAAGGCAACAUGAAAACAGUCCAGUCUUAAGGAGCUUUGGAAAGCCUAGCAACGGCAAACAGAGGCAAUCAAAUGGAGUCAGACAUGACUGUGCUGCAGUGUGAAAGCGGCGAUUUCCAUUCACUGAUACUCAACAGGCUUCAGAAUCUAUUCCCAGAAUGCUAAAGAGACAGUUGCUCAGGAGAAGGGUCCAACAAUAUAAACUCAGGUGAGACAACACAGCGCCGGGUUUUGAAAGAACACUGAGAAAAGCACUAUCAGCUUCGACAUGAAAGAGCUUGUCCUAUCCCUCCUGAGCCGGGGAUACGGUCAUGUGGUCCAGACAGACAGCAAAAGACAAUAUGGAAGACUGGAAGUCUGUUUUGAACCUGAGGACUACUUCAUCUGGAAAUCCCAGCCUCCUCUGCUUCGCUUAUCUAACAGUGGACGGCUGCUCAGUGGGAUGGAGCCCACACCCCCCAAAACCUACAGCACAAGGAGAGGACCACUUAUUCUAUUCUCAGAAGAUUUUGCCUCAUCAUUCUCCCAACCUGACAAGGUCAACAGGAAGGAUCGGUCUUUCAGGGCUUCGAGACAGGAAGCAGAGUUUCAAUUCUACUCUCUUCGUGAUUUGACUGAAGCCGCUUUAGCGUAUUGUAAGAAGCAGGCCAAGGUGGAAUGUCAUACUAGCAUGACUCAGCCUAUGUUGCCAGACCCCAAACCUGGCACUAAGCACUUGCAGGCGCACCAGAGGCCCGGAGACGAGCACAGCUAUCUAAACCAGACUACUGGUGAAGAAAAUGAGGAGGAACAUGCUUUCUUCAGACGUCAAGGUAAUUUUCUAUACCCCAGACCAGAGCAGGUGCGAUAUCAGCCUCGCUUCCUCUGUUUUCCACGGCCUAAUCGUCCUCCACCGGGUCCGCUCCCACUCAUAACCCCGAAUCCAGCACUCAGACGUAGUGGGGACUGGCCUCAUAUGGCAGCAGGAGUACCAGAAACCUCUAUGCCAACAGGAGCGGAGGAGCACUCUAUUACCAGAGACAGUAAGACCAGUUUCAGAACAGAGGUAGUGACACCUCAGAUGAGCCCGAUUCCUGAAUCUGAUGCUUGGGAGGAACACACAGAACAACCUGAGGAUCACAAUGUUUACUUGGUUGCAGAGCAUUUGACUGGCUACCCAAAGGACUUAAACGGUCAAUGGAAACAGAGUGCAAAAGAGACAGGUGGUGAGGACGGUGGACACGCUCCACGACCAGCUUAUACGAACCUCUCUUUGGCUUGCGGUCACCUUUCAAAAGUCCCCAAUGACAGAAGACAAGCAGAGGGGGGCUGGCGUCCAAAUCCUGUGAAACAGAGUGGUCUUCAUCUACCCCCCAUUAAGCAAGCACUUCCUGCAGACACAGAGAGCAAGGACCAUGGGCUCAAAGCUGGGAGCAUGCCUCAAGAAAACCACAAGGAACCAAUACCCCGUCUGCCAGAUAUACAUCAGCCUGAGGUUAGCACGGAGGCUGCUGCUCCCAAACCCCCAGAGAGAACUGUACUUAAGAAAGUACUUGUGCUGUUCCCUUUGGAAGCAAUGGAACAAGAUGGUCUUUCUGGCCUUCCUGAGGAAAAGGAAGAAAUUGAGGACGUCCUGUGUAGUGAUGUGGAACAGAAAGUGGAGCUGAAGAGGAAAGAAGAAAACAGGCCCAUGGAACAUGGGAGCAGGCUAAAGGCAGCACAACAAGAUAACCUGAUCGGGUUUGAACCCGAGGAGGACAAAGAGCAGACUGCUGUGGGUCCCCUGCCUCCAUUUAUAGGUCGUAGAGGUCUUGGAAAACAGUGCUCUAUGGCAUACUACAGACAAGACCCACGGGACCCGGCAGAUCAGUCAGAGCCUCAGCCUGGCAUUAUCAGAGGCAGCCUUCCUCUGGAGCUGAAAGAGUGUCAGAAAGAUGGACUCCUGGGCACCUUAAUAAUGGGUCCUGCUGGGGAAAUCAUAUGCUUGUCUUUCUGGGAUUCCUUAACUGACACAGAGGACCACCCAGCUCUGGAGGAUGCCAUGAAAGAACACGUUGUGAAGGUUGUGACUUCUGAGGGUGUUUUGGAGGAGUCAUGGACCAUCUGGGACCAACUAGAAGAGCAAGCUACACAAGCAGUGAGAGUGAAUGACAGAGAAGUGGAGGCUAAGCGAGGUCACAAGAAACAAACCAGCACUAACCCAGAGGCUUGUGUACCGGGGCAAAGAAUAGAAGAAACAAACAACUAUACAGAAAGUCAGCCCUACAGCAGAGAGGAAGAUAUCACGCAACAGACAGGAGGAAGGACACAGAGGCCAUGGCCUAAGGCAAGACCGAGAUCUGGGUCACCAACUAGACCUGUGUCUGAUAGCAGCACUCAGAACACAUCUCUUUCCAACCCCACAGCUACAGAUGAACAUAUUGAUAAAGCAAAGCUUCAGACUCAGACAGAGUCAUAUAAAAAUACUGCCAAGUCCAGAAAAUCAGGUAAAUUAGAUGCUGCAGAUGAUCCCCACAUGAGUAACAUGAAGAAGCAAAAGCUUAAGCGGCAUGCCAACAGAGUCACAGAUAUGGAUUACGCAGAGAAUAAGUCUAUAGACUCAAAUGUGGACACAGAGUCACAAGACACCAGUUUUAGUGAAGAAACAGCUUCUGGUCCAACACAUAAGAAAAAUAAAAACGCAGGUGGUGAGAAAGCAAAGUCCACAAAGUCAGAAAACACAGCAGAAAAAAUAAAAAAGAAGUCCAAAGGUCAAGCGGCAUUUGUUGUGGGUAAACCGAGGCAGUCACAGGAAAUUGAAAAGAAGAAAUAUAGUUCACAGAGGCAUGAGAAGACAGUGUCCAAAAGGCUAAAGAACGAGUCCGAUGACAAAUCGGCAGAUGAUUAUUCCUGUGGUUCUUCUGAAUACACUGUGGAUGACAUGGAAAGCAGAGAGGUCUCAACUGUCCACAAGAACCGUGAAGCUGGACACAGUCCAGAUAUUGAUCAGGAUCCCAUCCAUCAUGAGAAGUUUAUAGCAGGACACAGUAUGGAGAGUGAUCGGUCUUCUGCCUCUAGAGAAGGUGAUGGAGAUGGAGAUAUUGAUCGUUUCUCCAUCGGUGAUGUAUCUGCAGUUUCUUCCAGAUCACACAGCUCUGCCAAGUCCUCCUCUACGAGCACAUGGAGCAUUCGGAGAACCAGUGUGUCAUCAGGCAUGUCUAGCCCAGUACAACUUCCUCGUCUCUUCCCACGUUUCGGGGUCCUAAAACACCAUCCUACAUCCAACCCUGACAAGUCUGAAUCAGCUGCUGAUGCUAAGAGCAGUGCAGAAGCCAUCAACCCGAGGGAAAGCAGAGUGGCAGCUGCACUGGCAGCAAAGGCCGAACGUCGCCGGAUGGAGGUGGAGAAGAAGAGGAAGGAGAAAGAAGAGGAAAAAGAAGAAGAGAGACAGAGACAAGAGAAUAAAGAUCUGACAGAAGAGAGAAUGCGGCUGGAGCUGGAGGAGGAGCGGGGACAGAGGGCACAGCAGGCCAGGUUGAGAAAGCUUAAAGAAGAAGAAGAGAAACAGAGACGGGCUGAGAGAGAGAGCGAAGGACAGACGAGUGAGCAGGCCGAGACGGAGAGGGAGAGGAGGAGGCAAGAAGAAACAAGGAACAAGAAGAGAUAUUUAGAACGACUUCAGAAAGAGAGGCACGAAGAGGAGAUGAGAAGAGCAGCGGCGUUAAAGCGUCAGCAUGAGGAGGAGGAAGCUCAUAGGGAGGAAGAGUACAGGAGAUUGCAGGAGAUGAAUGAGAGCGAAAGAGAGGAGUACUUGCGCAGAAGGCGGGAGGAAGAAGAGGAGAGGAGGAAGGCUGCGGCGGAGAGAAGACGUGCAGAGGAGGAAGCAGAUAUGUGGUAUGAGGAGUUUAAUAGGCAGAGGGCAGCACUGGAGCAAAACCUCCAUUUCCAAAGAGGACUUUUUGUUGAGACAGAGGGUCUGAAACAGCAGCAGAGCAUCUCUCGGCCCUGGGUCUUUUCUUACUUCAGCCGGCUGAGCUUAGCACACUGUAACACCUAUGAGGAGUAAAAUAAAAGUCCAUCAUAUCCAUAUAUUUUGCCAAAAUUUUAAGCUCAUUCUUAUUAUAUCACUCUCAGAACUGCAUUCGACCUGAGACAUGUUCCACAUCACCAGAUUGACCUUAUUUCUGUGUUACAGCCCAAAAAUGGAAACUAAACCGAAUGAAGUAACAGCAAGCAGCUAUAGAGUUCUUCGUGUUCUUUAUACUGUGUUCUUCAUGCGUUUUAAAUUUCAAUAGUCACUAGUUGACAUAUUAAACGAUUAAAUAAUCUGGUUAAGUUCAUUUAUCUGGUGCUUCUCUUUAGGCUAGUUAAGUGUUACUGUUUCAUGUGAGUGAUAGAAAUGGUCAGGAUAAUACAGGGUGUUCUCAAACUCUCCAAACGUAGGGGGAACGAAUGAACACAGUUUUUAAUCAAAAUGGUGCCUUCUUUACAAAACAUCUCUAUAUGAUUUACAAAGAAAUGACAAGUCGUGUCUCCUGCUAAAGAUCAACUUAUGUUCACAAAUCUGGUGUUAUGCAUGUAAUAGCACUUUGAAUGUGUUCCUUUAAAUGGUAUUUGUGCUACAUUUUUUUUUCCAGAUAGCGUAUAUGAAUGCCUUAUGAAUAAUGCCUACACACACACAUACAUACACACACACAUUUCCCAAGUGUAUGGAGGGGCACCCUGUAACACCGACAAACCUGUAACAUUGAUAACAUUUAGUUUUGUUCCAGGAUCUCCAGUAGAGAUCAGGGGGUCAGUGAUUUUGUAAUUUAACUACAGUAUUAGAAAUCCACUAUUAAUAUAAAUACUAAUAAUAUCAGCUGGAAUCUCAUUUUUAAUAAAAUAUUCUAUGAGUGCAAAAUUCAUACC